UUUUUUUUUUUGUUAUCAUUAUUAUUAUUUCCCCCCUCCCCCUUUUUUUUUUCUUUUAAAUCAUGGUAUACACAGAAAAUAAUAUUAAUACAGUUUGGGAUUCAAAGACACAAACAUUUCACGGAGGUCAAGAACAUCGAUUUAUCGAUAAUUUUGUAGAAGAUUUUAGCGUCACAACAAAUUACCUUGGUACACCUCAUAAAGCACUUGAAGCUGCAAAAGAAGCCAUUUAUGAUAUACAUCAUUAUCCUGCUGCUAAUCAAGAACCAGCGAAAUCAUGUUUAGCAAAAUUUUUAUGGGGCUCUGAUUAUGCUAAAUACAAUGGUCGUUUAUUGAUGGGUAAUGGAGCUUCUGAAUUAAUUGAUUUAGUAGUGAGAAAGGCACUUUUGAUGUUUACAAGAGAAGGUAUUCAAUUGCCUACUUGGAAAGGAAGUCCAUGGAAUGUUCAGUAUAGAGAAUAUCAACGUAGUGCUGAAACAAAUGGAUUCAAAAUUUUGGACCCUUCAAACCCUGAAAAAGUGGAUAUGAUCUGCAUCGUUAAUCCAUGCAAUCCAACAGGUGAUUAUUUCCCUAUUGAACCCUUGAAGGAAUGGAUUAAAAAUAAUGUAAAGCCAGGAGGUUGUGUCAUCGUUGGUAAGUGUGUUUUGAAGAAAGAAAGAAAAAAAAAGAAAGAAAGAAAGAAUGUACUAAUUGAAUGGCUGUUAGAUGAAUCCAUGCAACCAUGGCAUUCACCCGAUUUUAGAAAUGAUUCACUUAUAUCACAACAUGAAUUUAUCAGAGAAAUGUAUGAAACUGAAGCCAUCUCUAUCCAUGUUAUGCAUUCUUGGACAAAAAUUUGGUCAUGUACAGGGCUUCGAAUUGGCUCUGUUAUUUGUCCUACUGUUGAACAUUGUGAAGCAUUAAGAAAGAUACAGGUACCUUGGUCAGUGAAUGGACCUGCGCUAAAAUUUGUUGAGAAAGUGGUAGAAGAUCAAGAUUAUUUGAAUGAGACUUGGAAGAAUACAGGACGCAUGAGAGCUUAUUUAAUUGAUCAGCUAAAGUCAUUAGGCUUUGAUGAAUGGGAGUAUCAUGGUGAACCUUUUUUGAGUUGGGUUUGGUUAGAUAUGAAGAAUGAAGAGAAGGCUGCUAGAGCCGUAGAAUUGGCUCGUAAAGCAGGUGUACCUGUUCGAAGUGGUAAACCUGGAUAUCAAUGUAAUUCGUUUAUUCGAGUGGCAGUCCGUAAAGAAGACAAAGUUCAAGUUCUUAUUAAUGCUUGGAAAUCAUUAUAAUCUAUUUAGAGAGUAUAUAAUGUCAUUUUUUUUUGACAUACUAUAUACAUAUACAUAUAUAUAAAAGAGUUUAGAAAAGAUAAUAAUAUUAUGUAAUUAUUUUUUUCAGCAAGUUGCAUAAAUUCCUAAUGAUAAAUAUAUUAAACGAAUAGUUCUUUAAGGACACUCAAUAGAAGGAGUGCUGUUGAA